CCCUCAGCGCACACCAUUUCGGCGUUGGCGUUUGCUCCGCUCAAUUCCAACCCUAGACACGGCACGCCAUCCGGCGGCCGGCGGCGAGGCCGCUUAGGCGUCCGGCGUGGGUCGUGCCUCCGUUCCUCGCCCAUCUGGCCUCUGCGAUCCGUCUCGGCGGCGCCUUCCCCGGCCGCUUGUCCGGCGCUUCUGCAGCAACCGAGCCCAAGGCCGUAGUUUGAUAUGGAUUCUGAAGCAAUCAGUGCAUGUAAAAUGGCCAGGGAGGAAGCUACAUCUGUCGUGAGUUUAGACAGAAUUAGCGGUCUACCUCCAGAAAUAAAGGGUGACAUCCUCUCCCGUUUGAAUGUCGAAGAAGCGGUUAGGACUAGCACCCUAUCAAGUUCUUGGAAGGAUGCAUGGACUAAUGUGCCAAAAGUAUUUCUGCGCGAUGGAAAUUUUGCACAAACCAAGUUCGUUACGUUGGUCGAUAUGGUGCUAUCACUCCACAAGGGAACCAUAGAAGAGUUUGGUAUAUCAGGUAAAGGAAAUUACCAUGAUGAAUUUGCUAGGUGGAUGCUCAUGCUGUCAAGGAGAUCACCAAGAUCAGUUAUGAUCAAGUUGAACUGAGAGCCAGAGUAUAGGAUUCCCUCAUGCCUCUUUUCUAUUGGCGGUCUGGAGUCUCUCCGCCUGAAAAACUGCAUUAUCAGCUUGCCCCGGGUAUUCCAUGGUUUCAAGAGCCUAACUUACCUCAGCCUGAGUAUUUUCUCCUCCACAGACAUGGAUAUCCAAAAUCUGAUCUCCUGCUGCCCCGUACUGACUGAUUUGAGAUUAGUUCGAUUUGGGGGCAUCAGGUGUCUAAACAUUCAAGCUCCUAAACUGGAAUAUCUGAAAGUUCAUGGGGACUUUGAAGACAUUGCUUUGGAUGCCCCUAAUCUGGAGGUGGCCACUCUCUCUAUUGAUUACAGGUCUAAUAUAUAUCAAUCUGUUCCAAUUGCGCAUGACAAGGAAAGCUAUGUCAAGAAGGCACUGGGAAGCCUUAGUGAGAUCAAAUCUCUUUCAAUUACUGUUUUUUUCCUGAAGUAUCUAUCAAAGGGGUGCAUACUUAUGAAGCUCCCUGCUGUGUUUCGUCGGCUGGAGUAUAUUUCUCUUAUGAUAAAUUUUGAGGAUCAGAGGCAAGUGUUGACCGCAUGUUCAUUGCUUCAGAAUGCCCCUAACUUGAAGGAGCUUCGUAUAUCGAGUUACCGUUGGGCCAUAUGGUAUCCGGAUGAGGCGAGCAUUCAAGAGCUUACCAUGCAAACACAAACGCAAAUGGGCCAUCUCGUAACGGCCAGUAUGUACUGUUUCGAGGGUUUGGACUGUGAAAUUGAUUUCGUGGCAAAGCUACUGAGCUGGGCACCAGCUCUGGAAGAAGUGAAGAUAGAGUGGUUGGGAGAAAGAGAGCGCAGCAAGGUUGUUGCCAAGCUGCUACUAGACCUGCCGAGGGUGUCUCCCAGGGCCAAGCUCACUGUUACAUUUUGACAAGCAUGCGUCCCCCAUCACUUUGCCGGUUUAAGUUGCUGCGGAGUAGGACUAUUUCGUCGUCUUUGUUCAUGCGAAUGUACCGCCUAGGUAGCGGUAGUGUGUUUUGUUGACAACAUUUGGUCGGAGCACUUAAUUAAUGCGUUUUCCAUAUGAAU